CCCAGUUUAUCCCCCACUGUUUCAGCUCCUCCUGGGCUGAGCUGAGUGUGUUCUCACCCAGGAAAAAGGCUCAUUGUCACCUGCCCAGGAACGAGUCCAUUCAGGGAGCACAUCAGGGGUGAACCACGUGAGCACGACAUGCAGUGUCCCCUCCACGUAAAGCUGGGAAAUAGCAGGGCCAGGAAGGCAGUAAAGGACAGGUCACGCAGGGACAGACUGAUAAUUACAAAGAGUGAUUUAUUUACACCAAUUGACGUCCAUACCCAGGGCUGGAUCUCCAGAGAAACGUGCUCAGAGAUUGAUCAGGAUGUUCUGCCCGUGCUGAUUCAUGCCCUGGGCACUCUGAGGGCGAGUAUAAAAGGGCUCCCCAGCAGAUCUUGGCAGAUCAUUCCUCUGCUCUUCUCUUGUGCUGUAGAUCCCCUCAGACCCUCCCUCCUGACGAUGGUGCUGUCCCGGAGCCCCUGCACCGAGGGCUCUCCCUCGCCCUGCGGGGUGGCCGCGCCCCAGCCCGUGGCCGAGAGCUGCAACGAGCCGUGCGUGCGGCAGUGCCCCGACUCCACCGUGCUCAUCUACCCCCCGCCCGUGGUGGUCACCUUCCCCGGGCCCAUCCUGAGCUCCUUCCCCCAGCAGAGCGUGGUGGGAUCCGCAGGAGCCCCCGAGGUCGGGGCUGGGUCUGGGUUCGGGGCCGCCCGCACCCCCGGCGCUUCCCACGUCUACGGCGGGGCCCGCUGGGGUCGGGGGUACCCCGUGGGGAGCUGCAGGCCCUGCUGAACCCACCGGGGGUCUCUGCCCAGAGGAGAAGCCCAGCGGGGUGCAGGGACAGGGCUGAGCCCCAGGGCACAGCGUCCCGGGAGCGUUGAGGGUUUGGGGGGCACGAAAAGCAUCUGCAGGUGUUUUGAACGCCCCAGAAAUCCAUUUAUGUCCUUCUCAGAUUGCCCUGCCUGAUUUCCUUUUUCCUAAUCCUUCCUAUCUUUCCAAGUGUUCUGUUCUUGAUGCUGUGGGCUGUGUUGCUAAUUCCUUGGGGGCUUGUAGGGAUCUUUCUGGCUUUGAAUAGGUUUAGAUUAGAUAUAAUGAAAAAAUUCUUCCCUGGGAGGGUGGUGAGACCCUGGCCCAGGUUAUUCCAUGGGUUGCCCAUCCCUGGAAGUGUUCAAGGGCAGGCUGGAUGGAGCUCUGAGCAGCCUGGUCUAAUGGAAGGUGUCCCUGCCUUUGGCAUUGGGGUGGAAUGGGAUGAUUUUUAAGGUCCCUUUUAACCCCAACUGGGGUGGAAUGAGAUGGUCUUUAACCCAAACCACCCUGUGCUUCUGUGACUGUGACAACAUAAAGGGAUCUGCUACGAGAUCCUCUUUGGAUCCCUCUGUAGACUCUUCUCUGGCUCCUGGUGGAUAAAAGGGGUUGUGGUGUCAAGCAGCCCGUGCCCUGUGUCUGUGCUGGGUGCUCAGGGCUCCCCAUCAGCCACUCCAGGAGUCAUCCUGCACCAAACCAUGGGCUGGGGGCAAUCUGGGACCUGGACUGUGUAAUCCUGCCUCUGUAUCAGCUGCUUCUUCCUCAUUAAACACGACAUUGCAACACGU